AUGACGCGAAUUUCGGUUUCGAAUCUGUUUUUUGGAUGCGUAGUAGUUUCGUACAGUUUAGGUUUGAGGCGUUGGUUUGACAUGCGAUCGCGCGUCGACAUCGGACGCUAUGGCACACUCGUGCCUUAUGUGCCACCGAAGCCCCGAAGUGCUCUGGCAUAUACCUUCAAAUAUAUGCAAUGGCAAGCCCUUCCGUGUGUUCCAAAGACAAUGCCUACGCCUAGCCACAGCAGCUCCCUCAUACAGACUCCGCAAGCCAAGAGGCCGUGGAGGCAAAUGCAGGCAGCCAGCACACCUCGAACAGCCAUCUUGACUGCGGGUGUGUCACCCUAGUCGCCAAGGGAACAUUUGAGGGAAAGUGACAGGCAAUGUGAACAGCCACUUCACCAUGUAAACGAUACUCUUUCUCUCCGAUGACUCCUACGCCUCACCACGCCAGCUCACUUGUGCACAAAGAUGCCGCCGAGGCACAUGCAGGUCAGAGGCAAGAAGCAGUAGCACUGAUGUCGACAUUCACCCAAUUUCUUUCUUUUUCUUACACUGAGGCAGCCAGCACACCUCGAACAGCCACCUUCACUGCGGGUGUGUCAGUAGAUUCCUGUUGUACAUAUGCUCAUAAUAAACUUCAGUAAACUUGAACUUGGUAAAAAACUUGAAGGCAAAUGGGA